AUGGUACUUGUACAUUUCUCCAGUAUUCAUCCUCGUCACAUUGCCCUUGGGCAGGUUUGGCUUGGGAAAGAUCUUCACAUGGACUUUUACGAUGGCGAAUUUCUCAACGGUAAAGUGAGACCCUUGAUUAUUGUUGUUGGUCACUUUGCACAUGAUGUGGGGUUUCUCCCUCUUCUCGUCAUUCCAUUCAAUUUCAAUUUCCGACGUCGAUCGACACCGGAAGUAUAUAGAUCCGAUGGAGAUUUACACGCCGAUUAUUGUUUCGCUCCGAUACUUCCACAUGCAGAUGUGCGAUCUUCACGCUCUUCUCGCUUUCUGGAUUUUUCAGAGAAGUCCUUGAUUCUUUAUAAAUCAAGGAUCCUUGAGUUUUUUUUUUCAGGUGCGCUUGCUUGGCAGGUCAACAAAAUAAUAAAAAAAAAUUUGUUGGUUUUUGGGAGAGAUCGCACGGGAAUUUUGCCCGGGUUCUCUCCCUCGUGUGGUUUUUGCCUUGCUUCUUUUUUUUAUUCCGUAACCCGCACUACUCUCCAUAGCACCGUGCGAAAUCAUCACGAAAUUAUCCGCUUCCAUUUCAAGGGCCAUCCUCUUCAAUCUCAAGCACGCAUCAGUUGCCCAAGAUAUUCAUUUGCAGCUCUAGAUAUCAUGAUCUUUGGAUUUACGAAGCAUUCUUGUAGGGCCAUCCUCUUCAAUCUCAAGUGGAUAUUACCGCUGAAUGAAGCUGUUGAAGACACAAUAUGGUAG